AUCUUGAUUUCCCAAAGUGUACGACGGCCACGGCAGUCGGGUGGUCGACGUCGUGACGUACAGACCUCACAGGAAUUCGGCUCGUAGUGGAAAUAAUGCGUCUCAUCCCGCUGUCAACGUUGUCAUGACAUACAUCCGCGGCGACUGUUCACGGUUUCAACGAUUGAUCGUUAGGAAUCCACGACCGGCAGUACGCUUCGAGCGAUCGCAGCGAGGCUCUAGCUCGUAUCUCGCACGAGUGCGCAUAGGAUACUCGACAUAUAAACAUCGGGUGGUGAGAUCGAUACGCGCCAGUUUCGGUACGACAGGAUUCCGCGCCGAAAACGCUGCCGCGACCGCCAGAAGAGGUUUAGGGACGCAGUGAGCAAACGUGUUCUGUGUUCGAGAAAGUUGUCUACGUCGGAAGAGGAUCGCGACGAUAAGAAGGAAAGAACAGGAAGAAAGGAACGUGGAUCUCAAGUGCGGACACACAACGUCGCCUUCCGUAUUUCGAGUUGUCUUUGACAUUAACCCGGUUCCCGCGCCGCGCGCAAGAUACACUUCCGCAGUGCCCACGAGUGAACUCCCACCCUGGAACUGGCCGAGUGAUCGAGAUCGAUUUUCGGUCGAAGGAAGCGAAUUCGACGAUUGGACCGCGCGAGCCGGCUCGAAAAUUUGAAACAGAACGCGUGACUGGCUUUUCAAAGAGAAUUGUGUGCUGAAGUACAGGUCUUUCGUGACCAGCAUUUCAUAAAAUGGUGCUGCAACACGCAAUCGUUGUCAGGGAUGCUGUGAAAGGAUACGGGAAUGGGGCAGUGAUUCUGAACCACUUGAAUCUGUGUGUUCCUAAAGGAGCCAUAUACAGCUUGCUGGGGCCCAGUGGUUGCGGCAAGACCACUCUGCUUUCCAGCGUGGUUGGCGUCCGGAAGUUGGACAGUGGUGAAAUUUGGGUUCUCGGCGGUGCACCAGGGUCCAAGGAAUCCGGUAUACCUGGACCACGGGUUGGCUACAUGCCUCAGGAGAUUUCAUUGGUGGAUGAGUUCUCUGCCAUCGGUGCACUCUACUACUUCGGUCGAAUAAAUGGCUUGGACGAUGAAACAAUCGAGGAGAGAUACAAUUUUCUGAAGGAUCUCUUGCAGCUACCUCCGAGGAAUCGUCUAGUGAGGAACAUGAGCGGUGGCCAGCAGAGAAGGGUGUCAUUUGCUGCAGCCCUCCUCCACAAGCCAGAACUGUUGGUCCUCGAUGAACCUACAGUCGGUCUGGAUCCUGUAUUAAGGGACAACAUCUGGCACCACUUGGUGAAGAUCACACGGGACGAGGGUGUCACUGUCGUCAUCACCACCCACUACAUCGAGGAAGCGAAACAAUCUGACAAGAUUGGGCUAAUGAGAGGCGGAAAGCUGUUGGCUGAAUCAUCGCCGAACGAACUGCUGGAACGAUUUCAAACGGAUUCCUUGGAGGAAGCGUUCUUGACCUUGAGUCGAAUGCAAGUGCAGAAUCAGGCCGGAGGUGUGGGCCCAACGCCGAUAUCCGGCACGGAAGUCGGCGACGUCUUCACGCUGGACGCAGUCUACAAUAACGCAACCAAAAACAAGAUAAGCCGAGCAGGCGUGAAGAAGAAAUUCCACGCGCUGUUCACAAAAAACGUGCUUCAGUUCGUACGUCAUCCUGGCGGUAUUCUGUUCUCCAUACUCCUGCCGGUGUUACAAAUGAUACUGUUCUUCAACUCGUAUGGCCUGGAUCCGAAAGGUCUCUCGAUAUCCAUUAUCAACGAAGAAGCCGGGAACUGCGAUUUCGGGAGGAAUUUUGGGAAUGUCACGUACGAUGAGACCGAUUUCUCGUGCGCAUUCGUCGAUCUCAGUUGUAGGAUAACUAAUGGAUUCAACGAUACUUUUUUGAAAAAGGUGUAUUACGAUGACUAUAACAAAGCAGUGGAGGAAGUCACGAAGCAGAAGAGUAUCGGGGUAAUGCACUUCAGUAGAAAUUUUUCGUAUGCUCUCCAAAACAAAUUAAAAGACAUAAUAUCGGUCUCAGAUGCAGAUAUAAUAUCCAGUCAAAUUAGAGUUUCAAUUUAUACCCCAGACAGACAAAUAGGUCUGUUCGUACAAAAAAACUUGUACGAUAUUUUCUUCAGGGAAUACAAAAAGGUCAUGAAAGAGUGUCAUAUUUCGCCAAAAGUUGCCACUGUACCAAUACAUUUUGAAGAUCCAGUUUUUGGUACAAAUGACCAGAAAUAUAUUACAUUCAUCACACCACCUUUUAUAAUGUCAUUACUGUUCGUCUUGGCGACAUCGAUGACCUCGAGCAUAAUAAUUACUGACCGACACUCCGGUGUAUGGGACAGAACUUUAGUCCAAGGUGUCACAACUGGAGAAAUAUUAAUCACACACCUCAUAACUCAAAUGAUGGUGGUUGUUAUUAAAGUUACGACAACAUUGUGUGUUUGCUUCUUUCAAUUUGAGAUGGAGUGCAAAGGAUCAUUGACCGCUGCUAUGUGGCUUGCACUACUCGGAGGAAUUUGUGGGAUGAGUUACGGUUUCUUCAUAUCGGUGAUGUGCACUAACCACGCUCUUGUGAAUUACGCGGCCGUAGGAAGUUUUUACCCUCUGAUACUUCUAAGCGGUCUCAUGUGGCCAGUGGAGGGGAUGCCGAAGUUACUCCGAUGGAUCAGUUUGUCUUUACCUUUAACACUACCUGGCAUCUCUCUGAGGGGUGUGCUGGAAAAAGGCAGAACGUUUUACGAUCCAGAAGUGUACCACGGUUUCAUGGUGCUGAGCGCGUGGAUUCUGGGUUUCAUAAUUCUGUGCCUGUUUCAGCUGAGGUCAAAAGCCACGUAAAGAAUGGCCAUUACCAUAGGGGAAACAAAUUGAAACGGAACAAUAUAGUUACAUUUCAGUUGGUGCAAUAGUGAGAACGAACGGUUUUCACGCCUGUCACAGGGUUCAAUACGCUUUAGUUUUAUCGUAUACGUUAUUGUGUUUAGCGUAGUAAGGGGUAUUUAGUAUCUUUCUUUCUCUUCCCUUGUUUUUUCUUUUACAUAAAUUCUCAUAAGUAUUAUGUUUCUCUGUAUAGUCGAUAGGAAAGUGAAAUUUAAUUUAAACGAUGUGUAUUGUGUAAAUAGGUUUAAAACGGUAGACAAGCGGAAACGGAAUUUCUGUUUUGAAUUGAUCAUUUGUAGCGUGAACAGAAGAUAAGAGUGUUGUUGACUGUUAAUAAACGCACGACUAUUUUU